AAAACUAAUCAUAUAUCUUUUACAAAGUAAAAAAUAUAUUUUUUUUAUUAUGUAUCUCGACAGAUUCAAAAUCAAAAAAAAUAUAUUGAAACCUAAUUAUGUAUCUUUGCAAAGGAAAGUUGUAUCUUCAUUCGAUGUAUCAGGAAUUAAUUAUGUAUUUUGACAGGUCCAAAAUUGAGAUUUUUUCAAGAUUUUUUAUAAUCAGGCUCCAAAUUGUCGAGAUGUGAAAAAGGCUGCAUAUAAUAAAUUUUUAUAGUUUAAUUCUUUCUUGAAACUCGUAUAUAGCUGGAGCUUAAUGCACCGAAUUGCAUUAAUAUUAGAACUUUUAAAUUUAAAUAUUGAAAAAUUAUAUAAAAAAAUAUUAUAAAUAAUAAAUAUAUUUUAAAAUAUUAAUUAAAAUUUAUAUAAUAAACUCUCGAUAAACUAAACGCGACGAGUAAAAAGUUGUGUUUGGUGGGUGGCAAUUUCUCAUUUGUUUCCUAUAAAAUUGUUUUAUAGGUAAGCCUAUUCUAUUAAUAAGCUUCCUUUUAAAAGGAGAAUAUUUUAGUGGAUCUUAAUAACUAUACUCUUAUAUAUAUAAAUGUAAAAAUCUACAUAUAUCCUACCGAUGAAAUUGAAUAUGAUUAAUAAUUUUAGUGCCUAAAAUAUCAAUAAAAUCAUGAUUUUGGCCCUUUAAUUUUUAGCUAAUUAUUUUAUACACCUUUAAUCCCUUUGACCAUAAAUCUUCACAUCUGACAAAUUAUUGAGCUUUGGUUAAAUUUAUAUCCUCAAUUAUUGGUGUGUUUGGUUAAAUUUAUGUUUGUUACUUUAUAUUUGAGGUAAUGUAUUUUCAAAAUUUAGUCUAUAUAUCACAUAAUUUUUAUAUAAAUGGAUCAAAAAUCACAUACUAUUACAAAAAUAUGAAAAAAAAGGUCCAAAAUAUAUUUAAAUUUUGACAAAUUUUGUCGUAACACACUUAACUUUAUGGGAGUCCUAUGACCCCCAGAUUAUUUUUUACUAUAUUUUUGUGUCAUAUAUUUACUAGCUAGGACUACUGUGUGAAAACAUGAACACGGAGCGAGUAAGGGUAUGAAGUGGUCCAGCUAAGCAAAUAUACGCCAAAAAAAUACGCUAAAAAAUAAUCUACGGGGGGCAUAAGACACCCGCAAAGUUGAGGUUUGUUAUGACAAAUUUCGCUAAAGUUUAAGUAUAUUUCAAACCUUUUUCCCAAAAUUAUGUGAUAUUCACUUAUAGAGGUUCGGAAAAGCGUUGGAUGGUAAAAGGUCUAUUGUACGCAACUUAUCGUACAUUUCUACAAGUUUUUUUUUCCACGACCGAAACCUAUGAUUUAUUGAUCACAUGACUACAACUUUAUUAGUCACGUCAUAACUCCCCGUUAGAAUUUAUCAAUAAUCAAGAGAUUAAAAGUGUGAUUAUUUAUAUUGUAAUUUAAGAAACAUAAUCAAUAGAGAUUCUUAUAGCCAACCUAAUUUGUUUGAAAUUUAAGAGUAAUAUUAGUAAAAUAUAUUUACAUUCACAUAUGCAAAUUGAUAUAUUCUUUCCGAAAUUUUUGAAUUUUGAAAGUUAGUUCUCAAAAUAUAAGGUAAGUGUACCUAUUUCUUUGGCUCAAUCUGGAUUCACACACUUUAUUAAAUAACAAAUUAAUGUAAAAUUACUAACUCAUUGACAUCAUGACAUGUACAUUUACCUAUUAAUUUUCGUAUCUAUAUUACAAUCUCGAUUAAUUUAAAUUUGAGUCGAGUCACGACUAAUUCAAAUUCGUUCUACGUAAAGUCAUAAAAGAAAAAUCGCUUUAUUAUACCAAAAUCGCUUUCAUAUUCAAGACUCGAUUCGAGUAUGUGUGAAUAUAUAUAUAUAUAUCAUCUCACCUUAUAACACACUCAAUAACGUUCUCAUUCGACCGACAACGUAAUUCAAACUCCUAAAGUUAUUAUUACUUGACCUAUCACGUGACUCGAACUCUUAACUUAUUUGUUGUAAAUAUACUUUAUAUUUAAAUUUCAACCCCAUUUAAUUUAUUUUGCCUUUUUAAAUUUCCUCUAUUUAUGACAACUUUUCAACCAUAUGUUAAAAUUCUCUUUAAAGUUUUUCUCUCACUUUCACUCUUUUUAUAAAAAGCCAUUUCACUUACUCCUACUUAGUUAUUCUCUCCUCCCAAAAUUUUCAAAAUUUCCAAAAUACCUCCCAAAUGGGCAAAGCAAUUAAGUGGUUGAAAGGCUUAUUUGGUAUUAAAAAAGAAAACGUAAAUAAGUGCAAAAUUGGAAUUACAUGUUUCGGCAGUUUCGCCCGAGACACUGUUGUCUCCGUCGCCAUAGACGGAGGUUCCGGAGGCUUAUGUCACAAUCCGGCGACAAUUCCGCCGAACAUUACGGCAGCGGAGGCGGCGUGGCCGAGCUUAUUUGAUAAGGAGCAGAGUAAACAUGCACUUGUGGUGGCUGCCGCCAUUGCUGCGGCAGUGGACGCCGUUGCUGCUGCACAUGCGGCGGACGCGGUGGUGAGGUUGGCCAGUCAAAAUAAAGGAAAUGGUGCUGCUAUGAAAAUUCAAACGGUGUUUCGUGGUUUUUUGGCAAGAAAGGCAUUAAGAGCAUUAAAAGGAUUAGUAAAAUUACAAGCAUUGAUUAGGGGUUGUUUGGCAAGAAAGGCAUUAAGAGAAUUAAAAGGAUUAGUAAAAUUACAAGGAUUGGUUAGGGGUUAUUUGGCAAAAAAGGCAUUAAGAGCAUUAAAAGGAUUAGUAAAAUUACAAGCAAGUGCUACACUUCAUGGUAAGCAAGCAUUAAUGAGAGCACAAGCAAGUGUACGUGGUAAAAAAUGCUUCAUUAAAAGUCAAAAUUCACAACUUCAUCAUGCAAUAAAAUCACUUGAUAUGUUUGAUGAAUCAAGAAGUGGAAGUACACUACAAAUGCCUAGAAGAAGGCUAUCAACAUCAGUGGAGGCUAAAAACAUAAAUGGGGAAAGUGCUAAAAUUGUAGAGAUGGACACUUAUGGAAGGCCCAAAUCAUCAAGAUCCAGAAAAACAAACACUUGGGCUUCUGAUCCAUGUGAUGAUGAUCCAUUUGAACCACCAAUGUUGUCUUCACGUGCCUCAGAUUGGGCUCAACAACAUCAACACUCCAAGUUGUCAACAACAGCCCAAAGUACACUAAGGUUUGCAAACAACUCUUGUGGAUCUAACACCCCUAAUACACCAAUAGCCAAAAUGUUUGUGUUGAUAGCUACUAUUUUAGGAACAAUUAUUAUGACAAUAAUUAUCCUAAUUAUAUGACGCUAAAACACAAUCAUUUAAGUGGUAUUACAAUGCAAAGAUCAUGUUCACAAGCACAAGAUAAAAUCAAUUUCAAGAAUGCUAUCAUUGACAAAACUGAAAAUUCAAGAGAGUUCACUCAUUGACGUCGACGUCGCAUGAGCCUGACCAGCACAAAAGGGCACGACCAGGUCCAAGACGAGCAUGGCUGUCAAUCGCCCGAGCCUGACAAACGCAAAAAAGCACGAUCAGGUUCAAGACCAGAACGACUGUCGUAGAAAUGGUGAAAGUUCUACAACAUUUUAAUUUUAGACAAAGAAUAGAUAGAGAAUAGAAGAAAAGGGAAUAUUUUUAUGUAAAGUUAGAGGCAUGAUGUGACUUAACAUUGCAUUGAGCUAGUUUUCGAGGUUGAUUUUUUAAUACUUACUUUAUAGUAAGUGUAAUUAAUAUAAACCUUAAGAUUUUAUUUACUAAUUGUGUGAAUAAUUAUGUUCUU